CCACCCCCUCUCCCCCAACUCCUUCCCAUUCCCUCUCACUUCUCAGUUCUCAUGCUCUCAUUGCGUGAAUAGGUGAAAAAGCAAAAACCCUAGCCCCCCGCCCCCUAAUUUGGUGACCGUCAUAGCCUCGCAGCGCCUCCCCCACCCCAUUCCGUUGCAGACACGCUGGGCUUCCCCCCGAUUCCAUCGCAGGGCCUACCCUUAUUGCAUUCCCUCCCCUCUCCAGCCACUCUCUCAGACCGUCACACACAAAUCGACAAAUCCAGGUGCUUCUGAAAAAAAUCUUACCAAGCAGGCAGCUUUCGGAAACCUUGAGUUCUCAGUUGACACAGCUUUGGAACUACAUAAUUCCUUCUCAUUUCUCACAGCCACCACACGCUCAGUUCUUCAUUCAGUUGGACUUUUUAAUCACAGAAAAUAACGUAAAUGUAUAAGAAGAAGAGAGAAGCCGAUAGAGGAGGGCCCUCAAGAGGCGGGACUGACACCAUGGAUGAAGAGAUGGACUUCAAGAAGAUCAUGAAGGACAUUGAGCUUUUCAGCUCCUCACAUAUGACUUGGAAAGAGAGAAAGGAAAUUGAGAACAGGAAGAUAGUUGCAUUGGGUGGAAAGCCUCCUAAGAAGCAUAGACUGCCCCUUAGUGUAGCACGACCCAUGAUGAAGAAACAAAAGGAAAGAGAGGAGAAAAUGCUACAAGAGCGUUUAAUUCUUGCAAAAUUUGGGGGCAAGCAUGUUGGCAGUGCUAAAGGAUUUGUGGGGAGACGCAAGCCUGAGGACAGAGUUUUGAAAGCAAGUGAAGGUCAUUUUAGAAACGGUAUACUUGAUGUAAAACAUUUGCUACGACCAACCCCAUCUAGAGACGAUGACUCUGAAACUCAUAUGUUGGCUAAAAGAAAAAAGAAGGGAGGUGGAAAGAAGAAUCGAGGUAAAAAGAAGGGCAGUGGUAAGAAGCACCACUAAAUAUGCAUUGCAAUAAGGGAAAUCUUGACAAUGGAAACAAAAUUAGUUGUGUCUACCUCGGAUAUCCUCAUCAUUCUUGGGGAUCAACCUAUGCUCUUAAUAGAAUUAUUGUCCUCCGUCGUUGCCAACAGAGAUUUUUUAGAUUGAGCCUUGUUUUUUGGUGUUGAGCAUUAUCAGUUUUCAAACAACUUGUAUCACAUAAGAGUAGGUGUAGGAAUUGUCCAUUUCUAUAUAUAUUGGUAGAUCUCUAAAUUUGAUCGGGACUCCCUAAUCUGGAUGAAUGUAAUCCAUUGUCGGAUUGGCCUGUCA